AGACUGAGAGAUGAAGUAGCACGAGGAGAGACAUAUUGAAUCAAGUAUCUCAUGAUGAGAGUGAGGCGAGCACGAGAGGGCAAUAUUCUUGAACAACACUAACAUUUCUAAGUAAGUAACGUCUAAGACCAUGUAACAAAGCAAAGAUGAACAAACACAUUCUGCCACGAACGGCAACGGUUUCCGCCUCUUGUCAUGCUUGGUGUGCAGCUGGUGUACCUCGCCACAUUGCAUCGGGAGCCCUGUAUCACACAGCAGGACGAAGCAGCAACUACAUUGCUGGUCGACGAGCGAUUAUCCCAGUGAUUUCAAAUAGCUGCGCAUUGACAUCAAGAAAUUUCUUCACCAAGCGCAGUUUUGCUACAGAUGACGUUUGUUCAGCCUCAUCGACGACGACGACGACGACCAGUAGUUUUGCUGUGCCAAAACAGGGUGACGCGGAUCAUGCGCAAGAAGAUAAACGUGCAAUUGUGCCUCAACUUGAGUCUGGUGCAAUCAUAGAAAAACAAAAACAAGAUGAGAGCCCUACACAGGCAAAAACUGAAGUUCCAGUCGAUGUGGUCCAAGAACAACGUACUGAUGCCAAUGAGCAGGACAGCUCAACACACUCACACCCAGGUGAAGACGAAGUACUCCAUACUGGCAAGUGCUCACGCGUCUUUUAUAAGGACGCUUAUGGAUUUCUUAUCCCAAAUGACGAGGAGUUGAAAAAGACAGUAGCCAGCAAAGAUAACAACAAGGGAGAGCCCAAACUACGUUUUCAGCUUUACGAAAUGGCUAAAGGUAGCAAGAUCCCGCGCAUUGGCGAUGAUUUGCAAUUUAGAGUCGGUCCCGGUAAAAAAAACCCAAAUUUUUUAGAAGCAUUUGGCGUGAGCGGGGGCACUGGGGAUCGAGAAUGGAUCACAAGAACAAGUAAUACCGAAGAAUAUGGUGCUAAGCGCCAAGCAGCGCGGCAGCAAGCGGAAGCAGCAUCGAGAAAACAAUUUUUAAGGCCAGUAGGAGAGGCUGUUGUAGUAAUUAAUGUUGUUGUAAUUAGCCUUCCUUGUUACUGUUAGACUGUAGAUCUAUCUACUAAUAUUGAUUCGCGUUGAAUAUUAAGCCGAAGAUGAUGUUGAAAGUAAAAUGGGCUUGCUGCUCAUGAUGAAAAGACGAUCUUCAUUCCAUACACUAGAUGAUCUAUAUGAAGAUGUCGGAUCAUCUCAUCAUGCCAGAUUGGUCAUCUUGCAUCUUCUAAGCUACCAUUGCUCCAGCUCUAAUUCGAGAGUGGGGCGCAGCUAGCGUGACCUACAAGGGAGUUUGCAAAGCAAUUUCCGUGCGCAAAAGCAUCGGCUUCAUUAGUCCCGACGACAAAUCCUUGCACGAGUACUCGGAGUCACGCGAUGGUGAUCUAGUUUUUCCGUUAUGUAAGGCAAAGGUUUUAGAACUGUCUAUCACACUGGCAUGUUCUUCCUCGGGGGCGACGACAUGUUGUACACAUAGCACCAGGGGCUGUAGAUCGCCUACACUAAUCAUUUUUACCUACGUAAAAAUACUAAAAUUGAAUGAUCUCGGUGUCGGUCUGUGGAAGAUUUCAAUUAGGCUAACCCUCGAAGAAGAUGCUGGAAAUUCCCUUGGAAGAUUAUGGCGCGAAUAGAUAUAGACAACGAGUCGUCCUCGUCGCUACUCUUACUCGUCUAAAAUAUGGAAAAUCGCAUCUGGCAGCAAAAUUCCACUUGUAGGCGAUGUGUUGGAAUUCCGCAUUCAGCCGGACCCUGUCAAGCCGCACUUGCUCGAAGCGUGCGAUGUAACGGGUGGCACUGGCGACCGAGAGUGGAUAAACAAGACGGUUCCAGCUAUAUACAAAGCAUCUAGAGCAGCUCAGGAGAGGGACGCGCGUUUUUCUCAAAAGGCGAUUACUCGUCGAAAGGAGCGCGCUGGAGAGAAAACGUACACUGGGGUGUGUAAAUCAGUUUUCUUAUGAAACGGGGUGUCGUAGAAGUAAAAAUUUUUAGCCUGCUGGUGACGAUUAGACGCUCGUUCUCUUAGUAUGCUCCUCUUAAUUUUCUUUGUUGAAGAACUACAUCAACCAAGAAGAUUCACAAUAGUUGCUAGUACGAAGACGGAGAAGAACCGACGUCGACGUCGUCUUGUUACAUAUUUACUGCUCUUGCCAUUGAAAGUAAAAUAACAUGCGUAAGUACUUUGAGACACACCUCGGCCUCGAGCCACUUCUUCUUCUUUCAUACUCCCGAGAUAACAAGUAUGGAUUCAUCCAGCCGGACGAUGCAGCUUUGAAAGAGCAACUGAAAGAUGAGGAGGGGAAGGAACGAGAUAUCAGUUUCUCGUUAUGGAGAGGCGGAGGGAAAUGGCCGCGUCAAGGCGAGAAGGUAGAGUUUUGCGUUAAGCGGAAUCCUAGACAGCCACAAUUCUUAAACGCAUAUGAAGUGACAGUUGCUGAGAAUGACGAGGGUGUGCACGACGAGGAUAAUUCGCCAGACACCGACGAGAACAGGGUCAGGCAGGGAACAACGUCUGGUCUACAGCAGCAACGAUAUGCCCAACAGGAAGGUGGAUGAUAUUGAUAACCAGGAAACUAGAAUUUCUGAAAUUGAACAAAAGUAAAAGACGUUGUAAGUAUCUCGAAACUCUCUCUACGUACUAGCCCAUGCCCACGUACUGGAGUAGCAGCAAAAAGAAUAUUUGGUUUAGGAGCAACGGACGUGGAGUACGAAUAUCUGAAGGAGAUGGGUCGUUCCUUGUUUCGUGGGUAAAGAUCCUUGCGAGUGC